UCUGCCCACAACUGGAAAUUGCGUCGAAGGCUAGAUGGGUGCACGUGAUCGUCCGUUAGCCCCCGGCAUCCUCCCAUUCAAAUGCCACUCCCACUCCCACUUCUACUCCCACUUCCAAUCCCAAUCCAAAACCCAGGUCUCACCCCACAUCAGCUGUGAAGUCUAUCAAGAAGAAAGCCUUCUCUUGCGACCAAUGCCGUGUCCGAAAAGUACGGUGCGGCGGGGAACAGCCAGCCUGUCGACGCUGUGUUGUCAGGAAUGAUAAUUGUAGGUAUCUGCUUGCGCCGACGAUUUCGUAUACGCAGAAACUCGAAAAUCGGGUAAGGGAGUUGGAAGGAUUGCUUCAGCGCCAAGGCGAGAGGGUUCAAGGAAAUGAGGAGUUUAGAGAGGGCGGCGAUGGAGAUGAGGAGAUGAUUUCUGGACCUGGAUCAGGAUUGCAAGGGGCUUCUGGAGUCGUGAAGGAUUUUAGGUCAGGCUUGGAAAAGGGUAUCCCAUUGUCACAUGAUGGUAUGGGGACGUUCGAUGGCUUGAAAAGGGACGAGAAAGGUGGGAUUACCUACCAUGGUGCGACGAGCUUCUUCCAGCUACCGAAUCCAGUGAGCAGGGAUCCAAGUGAGGUUCCUGGGAGAGACGGAGGUGUGUACCCUGGGUUCUUGGAAGCCGCUGGAGGAGGGGAUAGGAAGGAGAGGUUAGUGAAUAAUGCGUGGCAGCAGAGGGCGAAAGAGACGUUUGCGGAGACGCCGGAGCCAUUCCAGUUUCUCUUGGAUGUCCAUUGGUGUUGGAUUCAACCGCUUUUCAACUUUGUGUACAGGCCAGCUUUCACUCGUGACAUGGAAGUUCUGGGCUCGUACUACUCCCAUACUCUGCUCAACGCUAUGCUCUCACAUGCGGUGAGAUGGUGCAAGAACGACGCCAAGAUCCGAAAAUUGCUUGAACCUUACGAGAAUGGGCAGCUUUUCUGGCGGCAGACACGGACGCUGCUGUUUGAAGAGCUGAGACAGGGACACAGCAAGAUACCCACAGUUCAGACACUGCUUCUGCUCAGUGCACAAGAAUGUAGUGCCGGGAACCGAACGCAGGCCUGGCUGUACAGCGGCAUGGCGUUCCGGCUUAUUGAGGACAUGGGCAUUACUAUCGAUGGCCAGAGAUAUGCAGGUGCUGUACAGUUAUCGGAUGAGGAUAUUGAGAUUAGGCAUCGGCUGUUUUGGAGUUGUUAUUUCUGGGAUAAGAUGAUUAGUCUUUAUCUUGGGAGGUCGCCUACCUUGCAGCACUCAAAUAUCAGUCCGCCGCAGAUCAUGCUUGACGACUCGGCCGAAACCGAGUUCUGGAAACCGCACGGUAUAGUCUACCCAGAAGGUUUCGACUAUCCGCCCACACAAGCGCAUUCAAUUUCAUGCUUCAUGAGGAUGUGUCAGCUAUCCGAGAUCUUCAACCAGAUCUUGAUCCAUAUUUACGAUCCACUUGGUCGAAACUCCGAAGCUGAAAUUCAGGCCUGUCUGGCUACGGAGAGUAGAGCUUUGGGGAGGUGGUGGGAUGACCUUCCGAGUUUUCUGAGGAUUGAUGCGAAAGAGCUGCCGGCUUUUUGUCCGCCUAGUCAUAUUGUUACCCUAAAUUGUCUCUACCACACGUUCAAAAUCCUCCUCUUCAGACCUAUGCUCUUCCAACGAUCUUCCAACAUCGCCCAACAACGACCUGACCCCAACCACCUCGUCGAGUGCAUCUCCUCCGCUACAUCCAUAAUCGCCAUCUUUGACUUAUUCUGUCGAACGUUUGGAGACGAUUACUGUAUUUUAUCGCUGUCGUAUAGUGUUUAUAUUGCCGCUUCUAUCUUCCUGCUGCAAGUACAAGCUACAUCUGGACCGGUCGUGGGUGAGGAGAUGACGUUUAGGAGGCUGGAGUUUUGUAUUAUGGCGUUGGAGAGGGUGGGGAGGAUUAACCCUGUCAUCGGCAGCUCCCUAAACCUCAUCACCCAAGCCCUCUCCAAACUCAACAUCCACUUCCCCACAGAUACCACCUUCGCCGGUCCUAGUCAUCCACCAGUCAACAAAUACCCCAGCAAUAUACAAGAACUCCGAUUCUUACCACCCACAGCUGAACCAGUCCCCGCGCCACAGCUCCAGAAUAAUAACAAUAAUUUUGAGAUUGAUGCGAGUGCGUUCCAGCAUCCAGCUGUACCGCUGCAGGAUUUUGGGCUGGAGAAUUUUGAGAUCUCGCCGGAGAUGCUGGAUGCGUUUUCGUCGCUGGAACCGAUUCAUGCCACUGUGGGGGCGCUUUAUGAGUUUAAUCAGAGGUGGGAUGCUGAGAGGGCAAGUACUGGAUUUCUCGAGGCAUAUGGACCUGGCCGAAGGGAUUCUGGAUUCUGGACUCUGGAUUCUGCGCAAGACGGAGCUUUGGGUUCCGACGACAAGGAUUCGUGACUUCAUGUCGGGUUGUGGAGAUGAAAAGGUCCUUGAGAAGUGUAUGCUGGAAUGACGGUGCUGUCUGUAUGAAUCGGUCAGAGAUAGUGACAGCUAUUCCUGUCUAUCAACAUCCUUCUCUUCGUGACCAACAUUCCAGAGGUUCUGGAGAGCGUGGUUAAUGCGCGCUUCGUGCGAGUGGUAGGAAGGCGGGAGGGGUGUAUACCAUAGUGUAGUGGGCAUGGUGUUUUGACUUGCAGAAGCGAAGCGAGGUUUUGGUAUUGACGUCGAUUUUGCAGUUGACGCUGUAGUGACUUGUACUGGGUUCCUCAAGAACUCAAAGAGACGGACGGACGCGUAUUAUGCUCCUGAGAAGAGGUUUGAGUGAUGAAGGAUACAUGGAGAUGGUCCUCUUCUUUGGGAUUGAAGUCAGACUUGAUACGCUGUAAACCUAUUUUCAGACCAUGAAGUUGAAGAUGAACGUCUCUGGGAGCAAACUCCGUCUUUUUCCUGCUGAACUGAAUAGCUUAGAGGUCGUGGGCUGUGAAGAAAUCUUGGGAUGAUGCUUGGCGGGGGUGGAACAAAUUUCGACAAUGAAGUCGAAAGCCCCUCCUGCUGUCGGACUCCUAUUCCUGCGUGUAAUGGUUUUGAAAUGCUUAAAGGUACAUUAAAGAACCAUCAUCUCCCUCCACCUUCACAAUAUAACUCCCCCCUGAAUCAACUCAUCUUCCAUCACUGCAAAAGUACCGCCUGGGACAUCAGCCAAGACACAAACAAUUAAGCGGGCACUAAAGAGCGUACAGUAACUCGCGUACUGUAGCUCCAAAACACAAGGCUCGGCCAGAAUCCGACUUCAGUCCAAAAUGGUGCGACGGAAAACCCUUUCUCCACCAUUUUCAUUCCUGCAUCACCCGACAUCUUCUUCUUCUGGCCACCUCUUUUACAAACUUCAUCUCAUCCAUCUACUGAGUGCGAAAAGGCUGAAGUACGGAUAGAGAACGAGGACUUGAGAUUGAACUGGGUUGGCAGGAGGUUUUGUUUUGUUUUGUUUUGGAUAAGGUAGGGUCGUAUUGUACUGUGCUACUGUACAACCCCGCAUUGAGAUUGGGGGUGCGUGGGCGUGGGGUGACGGCUAUUCUCCACACCUGAGUGGGUCAGGAACUGGUAUAUUGGGGAGGAAAACCACCGGGCAGUUGAUGGUCUGUGAGAGAUCAUUGGCUCUGGUGUGUAAGGACGGCGAGGUGACGCUUUGGAAUCCGGAUCGCCAGUUCUGAUUGGAAGGGUUGGAUUCCAACGGGUUCAUCAUGUUUAAGGUUGAUGUCAACUGGUAUUAUGCUUUUACCAUCUUGGUGAUUGCUGCAGGUGGUAUUCCAAAAGGUAAGAACUUCUCUCUUGCGACAGUUAAAGUCUGAUGUCGAUUGUGAUAUUUGUAGGCUACGAUGAGGGUGGAUUCAG